AUGCCAGAUGACCCAUGUCCUUCACCUGUAUCAUCUCAACAUUCAGAUUCAUCCUCAUCUUCGACUACAAGCUCUGUACCAACAUCUCCUUCACGUGGUGGACAGUCGUCUGACUCGUAUAAACCAUCUGAUGAGUCGGAUUCAUCAUCUUCAGAGGAAGAAAGAGAGCCUGAUGAAAUGAGAUACUGCAUGGGGAAGAAAUAUGUGGUCUUUGAUGAACAACUUAAUGAUCUGUUUUAUAGACUUAAGUGUAAAUCUUGUUCUGAUGGCCACAUUGCAGAACUGAAAAAGUAUACUGUAGGUACCAUGCUGGUUGUUAAUGUACUAUGUGUGUGUGGUUCUCUUGUAUACAGGUGGCAAUCUCAACCAACCAUUGGCAGGCAACCAGUUGGGAAUCUAUUGCUUUCUGCCUCCAUCAUGUUCACAGGCAAGACAUAUGAAGACUUCAAAGUACUGGCGGAUCUUUUUAACCUACAGUUCAUUUCAGACACCACCUUCUAUGACAUCCACAACAAGAUCCUCCUUCCUGUCAUCCACACAUUCUAUACACAAGACAUCCAAGACGCCCAUGAAGAACAUAAGAAUCGACCACUCUCUAUCUGUGGUGAUGGGAGAUGCGAUUCACCAGGAUAUAAUGCAAAAUAUUGCACUUACACGUGUAUUGACCUUCAGUCAAAUAAAAUACUGGGCAUGUCGCUAGUUCAUGUUAGCGAAGCAACAAGUUCCGUUGCCAUGGAGAAAGUAGGUUGUAGGCGGGUAUUAGACUUUCUUCUAGCAUCAUUGGAUGUCAGUGUGUUUGCUACUGAUCGGCAUGCAAGCAUUGCCAAAAUGAUGCGUGAGGUAUUCCCUCAAGUGUGCCAUCAAUAUGACAUUUGGCAUGUCACAAAAUCAAUAAAGAAGAAACUCAUCGAAAAGGCAAAACAAAAGGACAACGAAGUCCUGUGGCCUUGGACAAGGUCUAUCACAAAUCACCUGUGGUGGUCUACAGAAAACUGUGAUGAAGACGAAGUCAUGCUGCGGGAGAUGAUCCAGUCAGUAACACACCACAUCACUGACAUCCAUUCCUGGAAUUCAGCUGAAAAGUUCCAUGAAUGCGAACACGAGGAAUUGACUCCAGAGGAAACAGAAGAAACAAAGUGGCUGGAACCAGGGUCAAAACCUCACGAAGCUGUCCAGAGUAUCGUCUUCAAUCAACGAUUAAUGAAGGACACAAAGCAGAUGACGAAGGCCUGCCAUACUGGUGCGAUAGAGUCCUAUCAUUCAUUGUAUCUCAAGUACUGCCCGAAACGCAAACACUUCUUCUACCCUGCCAUGUUGGCCAGAGCAGAACUGGCAGUUCUUGACCAUAACGCUAAUACUGGCAGAGAGCAGGCAACCGUGAAGAGAGAAAGAACUGGAACUGCAAAGAAAGGGGCACUACGCUUUCGGUAUGUGUGGUCAAAGUCCACCAAAGAGUGGGUUCUGAAGCGCAUCCCAGAGGACAAGAACUAUGCAUACCUUUGGGAUAUGCUUGUUGCAGUUCUACAAGUCAAGGCUGGUAACUUUGACCUUAAACAGCCGCAGUAUCCAAUCCUUCCUCAGAACAUUGCACCAAUUCCACGUCCACCUCCUGAAGAACUCAUAGAGCGGGCUACAUCACGAUUCAGCCAUUGA